AUGGACAAAAGGAAACAUUUGUUUUGGACCCCUUGUGCGGCGCAUUGCUUAGAUCUAAUGCUUGAAGAUGUUGGAAAGAUUCCUAAAGUCAAACGAACCAUUGAAGAAGGAAUUUUUCUUGUUGGUUAUAUUUACAACCAUUGUGGUGUUUUGAACAUGAUGAGAGAGUUCACAAAGAACAAGGAGUUGACAAGAAGUGGAGUUACAAGAUUUGCAACAACAUAUCUUACUUUACAAAGUUUGCAUAGGCAAAAGUCGGCUUUGAGAACCAUGUUUACUAGUGAUAAAUGGAAGGAAAGUAAAUGGGCAAAACAACCUAAAGGAAGGCAGGCUAAGGAUGUUGUUCAAACAUAUGCUUUUUGGACCAAUGUGACUUUCACUCUUAAAGUUAUGGGUCCUAUUGUACGCGUACUUCGCCUUGUUGACAAUGAGAAAAAACCCGCGAUGGAUUAUCUAUAUGAAGGUAUGGAAAGAGCUAAGAUAACAAUUGCAAAGGCUUUAGGCGAAAAUAGUGUUGAUUACCAAGUGGUGUCGGCUAUUAUUGACAAAAGAUGGGAUUGUCAACUCCACCAUCCAUUGCAUGCGGCGGGUUACUACUUUAACCCGGAGUUCUAUUACUAUAGGCCUGAAAUUGAGAAAGAUCAAGAGGUGACGGAUGGGAUGAUCAAGUGUGUUCAAAGACUUGUUCCUUCAAAGGACAAACAAGACUUAAUCAUGAAGGAGAUGGUGAAGUGGGUAAACCAAGAGGGCCGUUUUGCUUUAGAUAUUGCAAAGCGAGCACAUUGCACAAUAGCUCCUGCUCAAUGGUGGAAUUUGUAUGGGAAAGAAGUCCCAAAUAUCCAACAAUUAGCUAUGAAAGUACUUAGUUUAACAUGUAGUUCAUCGGGAUGUGAAAGGAACUGGAGCACAUUUGAGCAAAUCCAUUCCAAGAAAAGGAACCGAUUAGAACACAAGAAGUUGCAAGAUCUUGUGUUUGUCAAUUACAACAAGACACUCAAAAAUCGUCGUGAUAAAGAGGUUGUGUAUGAUCCGAUAUCUUUAGAUAACAUUGAUGAUUGUAACGAGUGGUUGACUGGUUGA